CCAAAACAUUACAGUCACUGGUAAUAUGAACCUCUGCUCCAAAUGCUAUCACGACCUCAGAGUCACCCAAGAAGCCUCCUUCGAACCCGAAACCUCCCUUGAAUCUGCUCUUGCGUCGUCAUCAUCAUCAUCAGAGAGCAGUGGAACGGCUGCACAGACUAGUGCCAAGACGAGGAGGUGCUUGAGCUGUAACAAGAAAGUGGGCUUGAUGGGGUUUAAGUGCAAGUGUGGGAGUACAUUCUGCGGAGACCAUAGAUAUCCCGAGAAUCACGAAUGCGAGUUCGAUUUCAGAGGACAAGGAAGAGAUGCGAUUAGCAAAGCUAAUCCCUUGGUGAAGGGUGAAAAGGUCAAGAGAUUCUAAGUAAAAGAGUAAUC